CAUCGUCUAUUUCCAUAAGAGGGUAUACGUAUCACACUAGUGUUUCUCGUGCGAUUUUGUGACUCUUUCUCUCUCCUCUUUGUCUCUCUACUCGUGUUUGGAUGCAUCACGUAUGCAAGACAGCACAAAGUCGGACAACACCACCACCUUCCUAUCUCAUUCGCGAAAUUGCCGACACAAAUUCAAACCCAAUUGAUUUCUCCUCUCAAAGGUAAUGGCUGGGAAGAAAGUUAUAGUUAUAUGUCAGUCUGGGGGCGAAUUCGAGACUGAUAAUGAAGGGACGUUGUUAUAUAGAGGUGGAGAUGCGCAUGCAAUGGAAAUUGAUGACCAAAUGAAGUUUAACGAUUUCAAGUCGGAGGUGGCAGAGAUGUUCAACUGGAGUCUUAGUACCAUGUCUAUCAAAUAUUUCCUCCCUGGAAAUAAGAAGACACUCAUUACAGUCUCCAAUGACAAGGACCUUAAGCGCAUGAUAAAAUUCCAUGGUGACUCUAGCACCACAGAUAUAUAUGUUAUGAUGGAAGAAGUCGUUGCCCCUGAUGUCUCAGACAUGCCUGCUAGUAGGUCGAGCAGGACAACCUUGUCAGAAGCAGACGUUCCAAUUGAUGCUUCUCUAAGUGUCAUAGACGAUGUUGUGGAUGACCCAACCCAGCCCGGUCUGCUGCUUGAUGCCUCUUUUGAUGUUGUAGUUGAUACCAGCGAUGCUGAUGCCCAUGUUGAUAUACCCAUUGAAAUGCCUCCAGUUCUUACUUAUAUUGGUUCCCACGACGAGAAGCAUAUAAAAGCUGCACAGCAAUGGCAGAAUAAUAUCACAGGCGUGGGCCAACGGUUCAAUAGUGUUCAUGAAUUUCGUGAGGCUUUGCGUAAAUAUGCCAUUGCACAUCAGUUUGCAUUUAGGUAUAAGAAGAACGAUAGUCAUCGAGUAACUGUUAAAUGCAAAGCAGAAGGUUGUCCAUGGAGAAUUCAUGCAUCAAGGUUGUCGACCACUCAAUUAAUUUGUAUUAAGAAAAUGAAUGGAACGCAUACAUGUGAAGGGGCUGCUGUAACGACUGGGUAUCAGGCAACAAGAAGUUGGGUGGCAAGUAUCAUCAAGGAGAAGUUGAAAGUUUUUCCAAAUUACAAGCCAAAGGAUAUUGUCAAUGAUAUCAAACAGGAAUAUGGAAUUCAAUUAAACUACUUUCAGGCAUGGCGUGGGAAAGAGAUAGCUAAAGAGCAGCUUCAGGGUUCAUAUAAAGAGGCAUACAGUCAGUUACCCUUUUUCUGUGAGAAGAUAAUGGAGACAAAUCCUGGUAGUCACGCUACUUUCACAACCAAAGAAGACUCGAGUUUUCAUCGCCUCUUUGUAUCAUUCCAUGCCUCAUUGUAUGGCUUCCAACAAGGUUGUCGACCACUUCUUUUCCUUGAUAGCAUACCCUUGAAAUCAAAGUACCAAGGCACAUUGUUGGCUGCAACAGCUGCUGAUGGGGAUGAUGGUGUUUUUCCUGUUGCCUUUGCUGUAGUAGACGCAGAAACUGAUGAUAAUUGGCGUUGGUUUUUGCAACAAUUGAAAUCAGCAUUCCCAACACUUCAUGGUAUAACAAUUGUGGCAGAUAGAGAGAAGGGACUAAAGGAGUCAAUUGCUGACAUAUUUCAGAAUGAUGGUAUAUUCCAUGGCUACUGCAUACGAUAUCUUUCGGAGCAACUUAUUAGAGAUUUGAAGGGGCAGUUUUCUCAUGAGGUGAAGCGUUUCAUGGUUGAGGAUUUUUAUGCUGCUGCUUAUGCUUCUAAGCCUGAAAGCUUCCAAAGGUGUGUUGAAAGCAUUAAAGGUAUUUCAUUGGAAGCUUACAAUUGGGUUAUGCAAAGUGAGCCCGUGCAAUGGGCAAAUGCAUUCUUCCAGGGUGCGAGAUAUAACCAUAUGACAUCAAACUUUGGAGAGCUUUUCUACAGCUGGGCAUCAGAUGCACACGAAUUACCAAUAACUCAGAUGGUCGAUGCGAUAAGGUGUAAAAUUAUGGAGUUAAUUUAUACUCGACGGGCAGAUUCUAACCAAUGGUUGACUAGACUUACUCCAUCUAUGGAGGAAAAACUAGAAAAAGAAAGCAUUGAGGUUCGUUCCCUUCAAGUGUUACUCUCAGCUGGGCAGAGAUUUGAGGUUCGUAGUGACACGGUUGUUGAAGUUGUUGAUCUUGAUCACUCUGCCUGUAGUUGUAAGGAGUGGCAGCUUACUGGUUUGCCAUGCUGCCAUACACUUGCUGUGCUUGGUUGUCUUGGGCGCGAUCCAUAUGAUUACUGUUCUAGAUACUUAACAACUGAUAGCUACAGAUUGACAUAUUCGGAGUCAGUACAUCCAAUUCCAAGUGUAGAUAGGCCCUUGCAAAAGGAUUCUUCUCAGGUUGCAAUAACCGUAACACCUCCUCCAACUCGUCGUCCGCCAGGAAGGCCUACAACUAAGCGAUAUGGAUCGCAAGAGGUAGUCAAACGUCAGCUUCAAUGCAGUCGAUGCAAGGGUACUGGGCACAACAAGUCAACCUGCAAAGAGUUUUUACUGGAGUGCUAGAUCAUGUUUACAUCAAUGGUGCAGGGCCAUGAAAAUGUGCAUCUAACAACUGCUGAGAAGGGUCUGAAAGCUAUACCAAAAACAGCAUUUCAGUGUUGAUAAUAACUAGUCAUGGUAUGACAAUGUACUUGGUAGAAGUUUUUUCUAUAAUUUAUUCUUCUUUUGAUUUGUGUUUUUAACUUUAAUUUCUUUCUAGUUGAGAGAAAUGAGAAAUUUAUUUAUCUUUUGAUAAUUAAUACAAGAAUAAGUUUCUCAUC